CUCAAAUCUGUCAUGACGUCAACAGAAAAUGGACAGAUCCAAACAUCCGGUGGUGUGCUUUGUGGGGAUUUCAUUUGCUCAAGCUAAGGAUUCAUAUCAGAACUAUCAAGGCUGAGCCUCCAGUAAGUGAUGGAGCAGGAGGGGGAAAGGACCCCGGAACGCUCCAAGAAGCCCGACAUAGCGCUCUACGUCCCCAAGAGACGGCAGGAGGAGGGGGGUCCAGCGAAAGAGGCCCCCUCUAACCCCAACCCCUCCUCCAAAGACAAGGCCCAGGCCGCAGGCAAGCCGAAGGGCAGGCCCCGCUACAGCGACAAGGGCAGGAAGAGCAACAGCAAAGGCAAGAGGGACAGAGGCGGCAAGGAUGGGACAGCGACCGACGCCCUCUCCAAUGGUGACGCGGGGCAGCAAGGGACCGAAGGCGCACAGGCCAUCGACGGAGGGCCUCGGCCGGGGGCCCAGACGGAGGGUGGGACAGGGGCUGAUGUUCCCUCUGGGACACUUUCGGAGAAGGAUGGGGAGGGUCUGCAGAAUUGCAGUGACCCGUCGGGUUCUGAAGCGCAGGGGGGCGGGGUGGGCAGCUUGCCCGGGGAAGAGUCCAGUCAGCAGGGCUCUCUGGAGCAACAGGAGCCGGACCCAGAGGAGGAGAGCUGGGACACCCUGUUCAAUGACAGUGGCGACUGCCUGGAUCCUCACCUGAUAGAGGAGAUCUCACUGCAAGCUGGGAAAAAGAAGCAGUCGAUCCAGGAGUCGCCGUUCAAUUACUACAACUGGGACCCGGAGGGGGAGCCGGAGCUGGAGCUGCGAGACGACGAGCUGUCCAACAUCGUGGAGAUCUACGACUUCCCCAGCGAGUUCAAGACCGAGGACCUGCUGCGGGCCUUCCACUCCUACCAGCAGAGGGGCUUCGACAUCCAGUGGGUGGAUGACGCGCACGCUCUCGGACUCUUCUCCAGCCCCAUCGCGGCCAGAGACGCCCUCAUGUCCAAACACCCCAUGAUGAAGGUGCGCCCCCUCUCCCAGGCGUCGGCCGCCACCAAGGCCAAAGCCCGCAGCUGCUCAGACUACCUCCUGCCCGCUAAGGAGCGCCCCCAGACCAGCGCGGCCCUGGCCCGCAGGCUGGUCAUCGGGGCGCUGGGCGUGCGGAGCCCGCAGAGCCGCGACGACAGGGAGGCCGAGAGGAAGAAGCUGCAGGAGGCGCGAGAGAAAAAGCGUCUGGAAGCUAAACAGCGCGAUGAUGCGUGGGAAGGGAAGUGAAGGAGGAGUGCUCUCCAUCUCUCUCUCUGUCUCACACACAGACACACACAUGCACCCACACACACACACACACACACACACACAGACACACACACACACACACCCACCCACACACACACACACACACACACACACCCACGCACACACACACACACACACACAUACACCCGCACACUCACGCGCACACCCACGCACAUACACACACACACACACACACACACUCCCACGCACACACUCACACAUACACCCGCACACUCACGCGCACACCUACGCACGCACACACACACACACACACACACACACACACACACUCCCACGCACACACUCACACAUACACCCGCACACUCACGCGCACACCCACACACACACACACACACACACACCCCAGUAGGAGAUGGCAGUUUCUCAGGUGGAUCGCCACAAGUUAUGCCACUUGUUUAGUGUACUGAAGUCAGAAACACCAGAAUGUUCUGACUUCUGCAGCUGCAGAUUUUUGCAGAUGGCAGCAGCUCUAGCGAAUAGUCAUUAGAGUAAGAGAACAGAGCACAAGAAAGCCAAAAUCAUUUCCAAAUUAUUGGAAACCAAAGUCCAAAAAAUGUUUUUACAAGACUGGAAUUCAACUAUAGAGAAUUCUAACAAUUUAUCAACAGGGUAUGCAAAUUUAGAAAUUCUUUUAAUGGUAUUUUCAAACAAAAUGUCCAAAGAGAGUCUGAAAUGGAUAUGAUGGAGAUAGAGAGGGAGAUUACUGUCCCUUCCCCAAUGUGCUUUCUCUAAAGCUGUACAGUCACUUUAGAAAUGUGCUUGAGUGAGGAGAAGUGGUUUAGUUGCUCUUGCCUCAUUUAUUCUAGUCUUGUACAUUAGACUUACCCAGUCCAGUAAGUGACGUCAGGCAUUAGGCCCUGCCUCUACUAUGUUCACUCCAGACAUUUAUUCAAGAGCAGGUUAUAUGUGAACAUCUGUAUUUUUAGAACCAAAAAUGGCUGCAGUAUGUGGGUUGAAACCAGGACACAGAACUUGGCGAAUCCCUUUGCUUCCGGAUGCACAGCUUUGCUGUUUUGACAGUGUUGCCUUCGUUAUCCGCUCACAAGCCCUUUUGGCUUCUUUGCUGAAAGGUGAUUGGACGGCGCAUGGUCGCGAGACAGCGAGGCAGCCAUGUUGGGAUUCAUCCGGAGAUAAAGGGCAGGCAAAGCACCCCACAGCAGUCCGUCUGACUGGCCUAGAUUCAACCGACUAUCUGAUUCGCAAGUUAUUUUCAGCACAAACACAGUUAAACAGUCACCAAAAUGAAUCCCCCAAAUUGUUCUUAUGAAGAAAAAGGGACUGAGGUGUUUAUUUGCAAAGUUUGGCCCUGGUUAUUCUAUUCCCAGUCACCUCGCCUUUUAGGACAUGUGAGAAAAAUAAUUGAAUAUUUUAUUGCUGCCUGUGAUUCCAGCUCUAGGAUCUGCACUUUUCAGGUGUCAUAGAGAAUACCUGUGGAAGGUCACACCAAAUACCCUUUUCUGCAGAAACACAUCUGUCUAUCCUGAAAGUGUGUUCAUUUUUAUACUUUUUACCCAGUAUACUGUACAUGGUGUCUUCACUCAUUUGUGAUCUAAUAAAUAAUUUUAAACGUCAA